AGAUUGCAAGUCUAAUUAUGCAAGAAUGAAAAUCCUUAAUGUGAGGAUUAGAACAAAAACAAUGAGCUCUUCAGUAUUUGUAAACCAAAGAAAGACCUUAAUCCUCCUUGUCGAAUUCACCUCACUUACUUCAGGCACACAGUCACCCUGGCAACGUUCAGAGGGCCUCAACCCCCAACCCUCAUCUCCAAACCUUUCCCUCUCUCCUCACUCUUCCACUCCUUACUGCAUGCUGAACAUGCUGGAGAAAGUUCCAUCCAUCGAUGUGAACUGGGCUGGACAGUAGCGACAUCUGACCAGUGCUUUUUGGAGUGGGAUUGAUUGUAUUUUCAGACAUGGGACCCGAAAUCCUAAAUUCGUCAAGUGAGCCCGUGAGCUUUGGUGGGAAAAGCGUCUUCUCUCAAAUGGAGCACAACAUUGUUGCUGGAUACCUCAUUACUGCAUGUGUGAUCAGUUUGUCCAGUAACCUAGUGGUGCUGAUUAUGUUUGCAAAGUUUAAAGAGCUGCGUAAUGCCACUAAUGCCAUCAUCAUUAAUCUGGCUUUCACUGAUGUUGGUGUAGCAGGUAUUGGUUACCCCAUGUCUGCUGCUUCUGACCUGCAUGGCAGCUGGAAAUUUGGGCACAUUGGUUGUCAGGUUUGUUGCUAUAUUUAUUUACUGAUGACAUAUAUGCUGAAAUCAAAGAAUUGAUGGUUUUUAUCCAAGUGAUGAUCU